UGAGGUCAGUAGCUACCCCUGCGGGAUCAGUGGCAGAUUUUGAUGAGAUGCUUGCGAGUGCUAAGAGAAAGUAUUACAUGCUUGGAGGAAAAGGUGGCGUUGGGAAGACUAGUUGUGCAGCUUCGCUAGCUGUUAAGUUUGCGAAUAAUGGCCAUCCUACGCUUGUAGUCUCAACUGACCCUGCACAUUCUUUGAGUGAUUCAUUUGCACAGGACUUGACUGGUGGAACGUUGGUACCGGUUAGUGGGGUUGAUUCACCAUUGUUUGCACUUGAGAUAAAUCCUGAUAAAGCUAGGGAGGAAUUCCGUAGUGCUAGUCAAAAAACUGGAGGUACAGGAGUCAAAGACUUUAUGGAUAGUAUGGGUCUUGGUAUACUUGCAGAACAGCUUGGAGAGCUAAAGCUAGGAGAGCUACUUGACACACCUCCCCCGGGAUUAGAUGAAGCUAUUGCAAUUUCAAAGGUCAUGCAAUUUCUUGAAUCACAAGAAUAUGGCAUGUUUAGCCGCAUAGUUUUUGAUACCGCUCCCACGGGCCAUACUCUUCGACUUUUGUCUUUGCCAGAUUUUUUAGAUGCAUCCAUUGGCAAGAUUUUGAAGCUAAAAAAGAAGAUAACUGCGGCUACAUCAGCCAUUAAAUCCGUCUUUGGACAGGAAGAACCACGCCAAGAUGCUUCUGAUAAACUGGAGCAAUUAAGGGAGAGAAUGAUCAAAGUACGAGAGCUUUUUCGUGAUACAGAUUCCACUGAAUUUGUUAUUGUGACUAUUCCAACGGAUCAAAAGCGUGCUCUUGAGAUGAUUGAGAGUGAUCCAGAGCUUAGGGACUUGAAAUUUAUCCAGGCGCCGCUAGUAGAUGUAGAGAUUAGAGGAGUUCCUGCACUGAGAUUUUUGGGUGAGAUUGUCUGGAAAUGAUCAUGAAACAAAAAUUCAGUAAAAUGAUUUGUUUCAACAGUAAAUUUAGUCAUUUAUGCAAACCAUUCUACACAAAAAUCAAGUUUUUAUCAGUUCUAUGAGCAGAUUAGAGAAGGUUACUGGAUGUUAUAAUUUACAAAUGACAUUUUAUUUAUUUAUUUUUCUUUUGGCA